UUCCGGGAGCGGCGCGGGGCGGAGGGGGAAAAUGAGCUGGAUCCCGUUCAAGAUCGGGCAGCCCAAGAAACAGAUUGUACCCAAGACAGUGGAGAGAGACUUCGAGAGGGAAUAUGGGAAGCUGCAGCAAUUGGAAGAUCAGACCAAAAAACUUCAGAAGGAUAUGAAGAAAAGCACAGAUGCAGAUUUGGCCAUGUCCAAAUCUGCUGUGAAGAUCUCCUCAGACCUGCUGUCCAACCCCCUGUGUGAGCAGGAGCCCUCGUUCCUCGAGAUGGUCACAGCCUUUGACACGGCCAUGAAGAGGAUGGACUCCUUCAACCAGGAGAAGGUGAAUCAGAUCCAAAAGACAGUGAUAGAGCCUUUGAAAAAGUUCAGCAGUGUCUUCCCAAGCCUGAACAUGGCCGUGAAGCGCCGGGAGCAGACGCUGCAGGAUUACAAACGUUUGCAAUCCAAGGUGGAAAAAUAUGAGGAAAAAGAGAGAACUGGACCCGUCCUGGCCAAGUUGCAUCAG